AUGGGAAAUCUUGUCAACUUGCAUUAUCUUGAUAUCAGAGGUGCGAACUCAAUAGAAAGGAUUCCUUUUAGAAUUGAUAAGCUAACGAAUCUUCAAAGUUUAACUGAUUUUAUAAUAGGGGAAGGUGAUGGUAGUUAUAUUAGAGGUUUGAAAUAUUUGUCAAACCUCGAAGGUGAUUUCCGUCUUUCUGGGUUGGAGAAUGUUAAUGGUGAAGAUGCAGGGGAAAGCAAGUUAUAUGAGAAGCAGGGGAUUGAUCGACUGGUAUUGCAUUGGAGGAAAAAGUUUGAAAAUGCUUCAAGGAAUAAAGAAGUUGAAGAAUGGGUGUUGGACUCUCUUUGUCCUCCAAAAAAGCUUGAGCAACUCGUCAUUGAGAAUUAUGGUGGUGCAAAAUUCUCUACUUGGAUUGCAGAUCCUUCCUUCAAAAAUAUGUUGUCAUUGGAGCUUCACGACUGUAAAAAUUGCAAAUCUCUACCAUCGAUUGGAAGGUUGUUGUUGUUAAAAGAUCUUUCAAUUAGUGGUUUGGAUCAAGUACACAAGAUUGGUGCUGAGAUGUUUGGAGAAAAUCAAUCAAAUACUUUUGCAUCAUUAGAGUCUCUGCGUUUUGGCAAUAUGCUGAAUUGGGAGGAGUGGGACCUAUGUGAAGAUGAUGAGCAAGUAUCGAAAUUCCCCAGCCUUCGUUUUCUUUCAAUCAGAAAAUGUCCUCUAUUGCUGGGAAGGUUGCCAACCAUCCUUCAAUCCUUGCGGACGCUUGAAAUCUACAACUGUAAGAGACUGGUAGUUUCAAUUUCUUGUUUUCCCUUGCUGCGUAAAAUAUGGGUUGAAGGGUGUGAAGAAUUGGUGGAUGAAGGUUCUUUGUCGGUACAGAAGGAACAGAAGACUAUAAUGGAGAAUGAAGAUCUACGCAAACAGGUUGAGGAAUUGAGACAAAAAAGGAGCUCGAAUAUACUAGAAUUGAAUCCAUUGCUGGAAAGAAGACUUGAACAUUCACCAAAUAAUUCAAAGGCUGAUGAUAAUAAUAGUGCAUCAGAUGAUGACAACCAUCUCUCAGACACUUCCUUGCACUUAGGAUUCCCUGCUUUGGAAGGCUUCAACAGUGAUGUUAUCAGUGUUUAUGAUAGGGCAUUUGGAUCCAUGGAAGAAAAAGAAUGGCUUCAAAGGCUACCUUCAAAGAUGGGAAAUCUUGUCAACUUGCAUUAUCUAAAGAUACAAGGAAAAAAAAAAGUUGAAGAAUGGGUGUUAGACUCGCUUCAUCCUUCGAAAAAGCUUGAACAACUCGUCAUUCAGAAUUAUGGUGGUGCAAAAUUCUCUACUUGGAUUGCAGAUUCUUCCUUCAAGAAUAUGUUGUCAUUGGAGCUUCACAACUGUAAAAAUUGCAAAUCUCUACCAUCGAUUGGAAGGUUGUUGUUGUUAAAAGAUCUUUCAAUUAGCGGUUUGGGUCAAGUACACAAGAUUGGUGCUGAGUUGUUUGGAGAAAAUCAAUCAAAUGCUUUUGCAUCAUUAGAGUUUCUGCGUUUUGGCAAUAUGCUGAAUUGGGAGGAGUGGGACCUAUCUGAAGAUGAUGGGCAAGUAUCGAAAUUCCCCAGCCUUCGUUUUCUUUCAAUCAGAGAAUGUCCUCUAUUGUUGGGAAGGUUGCCAACCAUCCUUCAAUCCUUGCAGAGACUUGAAAUCUAUGAGUGUAAGAGACUGCUAGUUUCAAUUUCAAGUUUUCCCUUGCUGUGUGAAUUAAGCGAUAAAGGGUGUGAAGAAUUGGUGGAUGAAGGUUCUUUGUCUGUACAGAAGGUUACCUCUUUGAAAUACGUGUAUCUUUCAAAUAUUUCAAAGUUUAAUAUUUCAGCAGAGAGGAUAAUGUUGAGAUUUGCAAACUCUGAAACAUUGAACAUCUAUGGUUGGAAGGAGUUGGGAUCUUCAUCGCAAAAUGGGUUAAGCAUAGUUGGGCAUCUUUCAUCGCGAUUAGGAAUUGUCUGCAAUUGGUCUCUUUGGAAACGGAGGAGGAGAUAUUGCAACUUGACAAGAUUCCAGGUGUUGAAUCUCUGGAGAUAA